AUGGCGGCGAUGCUCGGCCGCAAACCUCUCUCUAUCUCAACGGACGGCCAUAAAGCGCAGCCGCCGGUGGCUGCAGCUAUGACAACGCCGCCGCCGUCCCCGCCACAGCGUCUGAACAUGGCCGAGUCCAGCACGCCAGCGGGACCAUCCCGCCAGCGUGAAAGGAGCCCGCCCAAAGGCACAUCGCCAGUACGCACCGACAGCGUUACUAAAGGCCGCUCACAGGGCUGCGCUCCGAGCCCGACUGAGGAAAACAAGCCUCGCCACUACCGAGAUCGACGACCGUCUAUGGCAACGUGUGAGGCUCUUCUUCGCCCGCGGCCGUACGAGGAGAUUGCGGCGGAGAUUGCCUAUCUCAGUGCCUCCCUAGAGGUACACUCGAGCAACACUAGGGCGCUAAUUCGUCGGUACGCGCAGGCCGAGGAUGAGUUGCGCCCUCUGGAGCAUGUGUGGUGCAAGCAGCGCAGGAGAUUGCGGAAACAGCUCAACUUGUUGCGCGUGCAGAUAAAUGGGGCGGCCACGCAGGAGCAGGCCGUCUUCAUCCGGCUGAGCGAGCUGUAUAUGGAAGCGCAGAGCCGGGAGACGCGGGCGCAACGAAGCCAACAGUCCAAGAUCAGCAGUAGCGACCGCAGCUGUGGGGGGUCGUCUAUCGACGGUCGAACGAAUCCCACCACAUCCUCGACGUCGUUGAACACCAGGUCGAGACCGGGCACGCCGCUGAAUGCAGAGGCUUUGGAAUUCGUGCCCCAGGUCAAAGGCACCGACCCACGCGAGAGUGACGAGUCGAUUAUCGAUGCCGACCCUCAUCUGGCGGACGCGUUGAAGGCAACGACUGAGGACAGCCCGAAGGCACCAAUAAUUGCUUGCGGGGCCGGGGACGACGACACCGACCCGCACGCCAUGAGUGGGGGCGACGCCGACUUUGAGUGCAAUCAUGGGCUGAAAUACGAGUUUGCGGUGACACCAGACGACGACGGCGAGUUGAGACCGGUUCCCCGACGGAUGCCCUCGGCGCACGAAGAUGUUGAGAAAAUGCUCGAAAGGCGUCCAAGCUUGCCCAAUAUGUCGUCACUGUGGCCGGGCUGA